CUCUCAUGGACGAUGACCACGGUGUAUGUGAAUGGAGGCCUGGGGAACCCCCGCUAUGCCAGAUGGAAUCGCCGGGAGAGCAUUGAGGACUGUGGCCAGACUGAGCGCUACCAGGGAGAUGUGGAAGGGCAGCAGCACAGGCUGACUCCAUUUGAGAAACUCAUGCGGGACAUGUCAAAGGAUGAGAAGGUGGUGAGAGAAAUCACACUCGGGAAAAGGAUUGGCUUCUACCGGGUUCGAGGGGAAAUUGGAAGUGGAAACUUCUCUCAGGUGAAACUUGGAAUUCACUCCCUAACCAAAGAAAAGGUGGCUAUUAAGAUCCUGGACAAGACCAAGUUAGACCAGAAAACCCAAAGGCUGCUGUCCCGUGAGAUCUCCAGCAUGGAAAAACUGCACCACCCCAACAUCAUCCGCCUUUAUGAAGUUGUAGAGACCCUGUCUAAGCUCCACCUGGUGAUGGAAUAUGCUGGAGGCGGAGAGCUCUUUGUGAAGAUCAGCACAGAGGGGAAGCUCUCAGAAAUAGAAAGCAAGCUCGUUUUCUCCCAGAUUGUGUCAGCAGUGAAGCACAUGCAUGAAAAUCAAAUUAUUCAUAGAGAUCUGAAGGCAGAAAAUGUAUUUUAUACAAGCAAUACCUGUGUGAAGGUGGGUGAUUUUGGAUUCAGCACAGUAAGCAAAAAAGGUGAAACCUUGAACACUUUCUGUGGGUCUCCUCCAUAUGCUGCCCCAGAGCUCUUCAGGGAUGAAAAUUAUGUGGGCACUUACGUGGACAUCUGGGCCUUGGGGGUCCUCUUAUAUUUCAUGGUGACUGGUACCAUGCCAUUUCGAGCAGAGACAGUGGCCAAACUGAAGAAGUAUAUUCUCGAUGGGACAUACAGUAUACCCCCUCAUGUCUCUAACCCCUGUCAGAGGCUGAUUCGUGGGGUUCUACAGCCAAUACCCACAGAAAGGUAUGGCAUUGACUACAUCAUGAACAAUGAAUGGAUGCAAGGAGUGUUACACCCCACUCCCUUGGAACCCUUCCAACUAGAUCCCAAGUAUUUGUCAGAAAAAAGCACACUUAAGGAAGAAGAGAAUGAGGUCAAAAACACCUUAGAAAAUCUGGGUAUAACUGAAGAGCAUAUUAGAAAUAACCAAGGAAGAGAUUCCCGCAGUUCCAUCACUGGAGUCUACCGUAUCAUUUUGCACAGAGUCCAAAGAAGACGGGCUUUAGAGAGUGUCCCAAUAGUGACCCUGCCAGACCCCAAGGAAGGAGACUCAAAGAAAGUGUCCCGAGUCUACCGGGGCAUACGACACACAUCCAAAUUUUGUUCAAUUUUAUAAAUUGCAUUAGACUGUCAAUGAAUUUAAACAUUGUUUUUGGAUUUGUUUUUAAAUUUUUCCACAAGCAACUUGGGUUAUGAAAAUUUUCUAAUUUUAAAUAAACUCAAAUGGUAAUUUUGUAAUCUAUUUUUCUUUCAAACUGACAAGGCAAUAAACCGCACUCAAAUUUUCUGGCUUGCUUGGUUUGGGGGUGUCUUAAGAAUGUGAUAUAUGUUAUUUAUUACUCAGUCUACUUAAGUAGUAGAAAGGACUAACCAGAAUCACACUCCUAACUUCUCUUGAGAAUUAAUGCCCCCAAGAAAAAGUUUCUAUUGUGUUAACCAACCCAAUGUGAUAUUGUUCAUGGAAGACAAUUUGCCAAGCCCUGGUUGAUACUUCAAGCAACAGCGGUUAUCAGUUUCCAUCACUAACGCUGUUAGUUUUCAUACUUGAGAUAUUAUAAUUGGCUAUGACAUGUUCCAAUUUAGCCUUCCCUAGUUCUGCCUGGUCUUGUGUAUGGCCUUGUAUUCUAUGCUUACUGUGUUGUGUGGUUUGAUGUGAAAGUGAAUUACCCAAUUCAUUUUUUCUCAACAUUGGCUUCACUAUCUGAAAUGGCCUAUUUAGAAAGUUUCAGCUGUAUAAAUAAAGAUUUCUUGGCCAGGGUAAAAGCUAUAAUUUAAAUGACACUGUGUAUCUCUAACUUUAAAUAGUUCCUUUGCUUAAAUUCCAGGCAGUUCUGAGUAGGUGGCUAUCUGCUCUCCAAACUAAUUUUCUUCUCAAUACUCAAACCUAAACCCAAGGGCUGGAAUUCUCCCACACUUGAACUCAGAUGCAGGGUUCAGGUGAAAUGUGCCAAUUCAUAGUUCCUACUUUGAGACUGUCACUGUUAGAGGUGGUUUUUACAUGUUUAAAAAACUUUUUCAAAUCAAAUUUUAAAAUUUCAUUCCCUAACUCCAACAUUUGCCUAAAUAGGGAAGACAUCUAUCUCCCUUUCUAACCAAACAUGCCUUAAGUUUGCCCUAAGAAGCUGAACUACAGGAGGGAUCUGGGUCAGAAAUGGUGAAAAUGACCUGUUCCCUGGGGAUGGGGGGUUGGGGGGAGAGAAAGGGAACCCAAGAGAAUUCACUGUUCCAUCAUCAAAUUUGGGGAAUUUUCAUGGUCUAAAAAUCUCACCAGAAUACCAGCUACCUCAAAAACAGAGCCCAAAUGUCCAACCAAACUAAAUCCUAACAUAAAUAUUGAGUCAAAUUAGUAUCUCCCUUCCUACUCCCAUUUUGACUCUUAGAGAUUUAGUCCCUUAGGAACAAUAGAACACAGUUUUGUGUCACUUCAACUUUGGCCUUGUCAAGAAUGGGGCCUGAAGAUUAAAAACUGCUGGGUGUGGAAAGUUCAAUCAUGGUGUGAUUACCAGAGGCAUUCAAGUUUAAUACCACCCUAAAAUAUAUAUAUUUUUUCUAAUGGAUUUACUUUUCAGCUUAGAAAAAUAAGGAGGAAGCAAAAGGCCCAAAAGAAUAAAGGAUUUUUAGAGGGAAUCACUUGUUCUAGCUACACUUGCAUUUUAAGAAAGCAAAAGCCACCAAACUCAUAUAUGCACCUAUUUUUAAAAAGAGAUUAUUAGAAUAUUAUAAAAAAAGAUCAGGGGCAGUUAGGUGGCACAGUGGAUAGA